AUGCUUCUCCAAUCCAUCCUUCUCGCCAUCACCGCCACCUUUGCCGCAGCACAAACCAUCACUCCAGCACAAAACCAACUCGGCCGUACCUGCGGCUUCAAAAUCGCCCCCUGUCCCUUGGACAUGAAAUGCGUCCCCGACAACCCCUACUGUCCUGAACUCAACAAAUGCGCCGGCCACUGCCAGUUCAAGAACAAAUAUGACUCCUGCGGGGGCUUCACGCCGCGACCACACAACUGCGACAAGAAUCACGAGUGCCAGGAUGAUCCUCGACUGCCGCCCAACUGUGGCCUGGCAUGCGAUGUGCCGGGAAUAUGCGUCCCGAAGGAGGUGCACUACUGCGGAGGGUUUGUGGGACUCAGAUGUCCCGACGGGCUGUUCUGUUAUGAUCAGUUGGAUGGAUGCGAUCCCCUUCAUGGAGGCGCCGAUUGCAGUGGUAUAUGCUUGUAA